AUUGCCCUGGUGGUUGAAAUAAAACAUCAUAUUUAUAAACAAUAAUAGUAUUAACCGUUCAAGAAUAGCUAACAAAAUCAAGAGAUGUCGUUAAAUAGUUACUCAGCCGGCAAUUACGGGAUUGAACUUCGAAAUCGAAACAGUUUCGCUACAACCGACAGUCGGACAGACAUCGGACGAAGUCAGUCGACUGACGACAACUACGAUUUCCUGUUCAAAAUUGUCCUAGUCGGCAACUCGGGAGUGGGGAAGAGCAAUUUGCUGUCGAGAUUUACUCGGAAUGAAUUCAUGGUUGAUUUCAAAACUACAAUAGGUGUUGAGUUUGCGACAAAGACAAUAGAAGUUCAGAAGAAGAAAAUUAAAACCCAAAUAUGGGACACAGCAGGACAAGAAAAGUUUCGCGUCAUCAGUAGCGCGUACUUUCGCAACUCAAUGGGCGCAGUUUUAGUGUACGACAUCUCAAAACAAGAGUCUUUUCAGUCGCUCGAACGGUGGAGAGCCGAAGUGGAAAAUUUCGCGCCUCGAGGAUGCAAAAUUGUGCUAGUCGGAAACAAAAUUGACCUGCAAUUUGCCCGAAGUGUCUCGAAAGCAGAUGCCGACGCAUUUGCUUCGGCCAAUGGAAUGAGGCACAUCGAAACUAGGGAUCAGUUUAAUUAUAGAACACCAAACUUAACGUACGAAAUUGAGAAAAAGAAGAAGAAGAGGCGAGAGACCUACUCUCUCUACAUCUACAAGGUGCUGAAGCUGUUCCACCCUGACAACGGCAUCUCCUCCAAGGCUAUGUCGAUCAUGAAGAGCUUCGUGAACGACAUCUUCGAGAGAAUCGCCGGUGAAGCUUCAAAACUAGCCCACUACAACAAGCGAUCAACCAUCUCUAGCCGGGAGAUCCAAACCGCAGUACGACUGCUGUUGCCCGGAGAGCUGGCCAAGCAUGCUGUCAGUGAGGGAACCAAGGCCGUCACCAAAAACACCAGCUCCAAGUAG